GAAAUUUCAACAGAGACCUGAUUUCGCCUGUUGUCCCCAGAAUGUCGUUUGCUGCCCGCCCAUUAGCCCGUACUGCCACAGGGUCCCUCAGGACCCAAGUGCGCUUCUCUUCAUCAACGCCUCCUCCCCUCCAGGCCAACCUCCUCCUCUCCCGUUCGCCCCUCCUCACCCCAACACCCACCUCUCUCGAAACAUCGUACUACGCUCACUCCCGUUCCAUCGCCCACGCCCUUUCCAACCCUCUCCCGACCGACUUUUACUUUAAGACUGGAUCUUUACCUCUAAAGAGGCAUCUCGUGCGGGAACACCAGUACGAAACAGAAAUCUACGGCGAGAAAUUGGCAGGCAAGGCCCCGGAUGUGGGAGAGAUUCCCGCAGAGACAGACUAUGAGGAAAUUGCCAGAAAUCACUGGGAGCAGGCGGAUGCUCAGCGAGGGGACAAGUCGCUGGAGCGUAAACCUGAGGAAGAAGUGUUUUGUGUGGUAAAGAACAAGGAAGGAGGAAAGUGGACGUUCCCUGGGGUAGAAGCGGGCAGGCUGGAGCCGUUGCAUGAGGCUGUGGAGAGGGGUAUCACUGGGGUGGAAGGGAGCUUGGGCGGCCAGGGGAUGGACAGUUGGCUCGUCACGCGGAAGCCUGUGGGACUGGUCAAGGAUGGUGAAUCAAGAACAUUCUUCCUCCGAGGUCACAUUCUUGCUGGCGAACCUACCCUUUCUCCCUCAUCCCCGUACACCGCCCAUGCCUGGCUCACCGCCGAGGAAGUGGAGGAGAGGCUGAAGAAGCAAGGAGACGACAAGAUCUGGGAGAGCGUGAAGGGUAUGUUUGGCGUGUCGAAGGAACAGGCAUAGAAUGGAGCGCAUAGACAUGCAUUGCAAGUCAUCAUUUCUUCCUGUGUGUAGGGCAAAAUUGCGCCUGUCAAGUUUCGUUGGGACUGCAAGGUUCAAUGUACACCGGGCACUCCU